AUGGAAGGGUCUUUCCAGCUCCUGGCCUGCUUGGUGUGCAUCAUCCCGACGGAAUCAUUUGCGAGAACUAAAAGAGAUACCACCGGGAACUUGCUCAACACAGAGACGCACAGUGCGCUGGCGCAGCGCUGGUCCAUGCAGGUGCCGGCCGAGGUGAGCGCGGCGGCGGGCGAGGCGGCCGUGCUGCCCUGCACCUUCACGCACCCGCACCGCCACUACGACGGGCCGCUCACGGCCAUCUGGCGCGCGGGCGAGCCGUACGCGGGCCCGCAGGUGUUCCGCUGCGCGGCGGCGCGGGGCAGCGAGCUCUGCCAGACGGCGCUCAGCCUGCACGGCCGCUUCCGGCUGCUCGGCAACCCGCGCCGCAACGACCUGUCGCUGCGCAUCGAGCGCCUCGCGCUGGCCGACGACGGCCGCUACUUCUGCCGCGUCGAGUUCGCCGGCGACGUCCACGACCGCUACGAGAGCCGCCACGGCGUGCGGCUCCGCGUGACCGCCGCCCCGCGGAUCGUCAACAUCUCGGUGCUGCCGGGUCCUGCGCACGCCUUCCACGCGCUCUGCACUGCUGAAGGGGAGCCGCUGCCCACCCUCACCUGGUCCGGCCCGGCCCUGGGCAACGGCUCGGCCGCCGUGCCAAGCCCAGGUCAAGACCACGGCCACCAGGUGACCGCCGAGCUGCCCGUGCUGGCCCACGACGGCCGCUACACGUGCACGGCCUCCAACAGCCUGGGCCGCGCCGAAGCCAGUGUCUACUUGUUCAGUUUCCACGGCGCCUCCCGGGCCUCGGCGAUUGCCCUCCCGCUCGGCGCGCUCGGCCUCAAGGCGCUGCUGUUGCUCAGCGUUCUGGCUGCCCACGUCGCUGCCCGCCGCCGCCUAGAGCACCCAGUCACCCAGGAUGCCCCAUCACGGCCCCAGGCUCAGGAGUCCAAUUAUGAAAAUUUGAGCCAGAUGAGUCCUCGGGGCCCACCAGCAGCUGUGUGUUCACCUUGA